UGCCAUCAGGACUACUACUUCGACACUAAUAACAGCACCGGUAGCGGGAAGUGCACAAAGAGAUUACUUUACGGUGAAAAGUGUCAAAAUACUGACCAGUGUUUCAGUGGCCACAGUGUAUGCAAUAGUGAGGGCACAACAGAUCAUUGUAUUUGUGAACACAAUUACACGUUUGACGCGACGACCAAUGAGUGCAGACAUAACGGCAGCUAUUCUUGUGGUACUGAAGAGGAAUGGAAUCAAUUGAGUGGCAAAUGUCAGCCAAAAAACUCUUACAGUCAUUACUAUUACAACCAUGGUGGACAUUCUCCGGGCUGGCCAUGGGGUCAUAGUAAUCACCGGAGCAGCACAUGUGGCGAUGACCCGGACUGCAGGCAAUGGCUGUUUUUGAUGUUUACCGCGACGUUUAUCGUAUUUGGCAUUUGUUUUUGUCGAUUUGUAUUGAAAAAGCCUAACAAACCGGCAACAGCCGAGUGCGGGAACACUAGGACUGGACGCCAGGUGCCCGGGAUUGUGGUCCGGGGCGCCAAUACCGACUUCUCCUGCGCUGUUGUCAACCCUAUCGGCAAUCACAGGGAGUCGACCACUGGUUCUGGUGGUAAUUCAGGCGGCAAUUCGCCCCACCAUUCGCGGGCUAACUCGCGCACAAAUAGCCGGGUGUCCACUGUUUACGGACCGCCGCCGGCGUAUAACAGCAUCCAUGAGAACGUCCCGCUGCCGGACAGUCCGCCGCCACCGCCUUACUGGCCACCGGCGCCCGCAUUUAUACUGCCUUAUACUUCGUCAUCGCAACAGCACAUCCAGUCGGCCAGCGGUGGUAGUGUUGGCGCUGACCGACAGAUUCGCCGCCACUCGGCUGUGGACGACAUGUUUUACAAUCGUAACCCCAGUCGGUCACCGGCGCGACAGUUCACACCAUUGGCCACUAAUAAUACUUUUAAUACUCUGGGCUAUAGUCUGCGGCUGAAGGGACAACAGCCCCGACCCCGGAGUACAGACAAUAGCCCAGUGAGACAUCCGUUGUAUGUCGACCUAAUACAGGCGCCCACCGCUCCGCCCGUCGAUAGUUAA